AAAUUCACUUCUUUAGACAUCUUCUGUCCAACUACCAAACAGCUAAAAACUUUCCCCUCUCUCUCUCUCUGUGUUUGCUGUGACUGAGCGGUGAGCUUUCGCCUUCAGAUCCAUCCAAGCUUGUCAAUUUGCACUGAAAUUGGUGAAAUAUCGAGAGAAAAUCAAUUCAGAAGUUUGGAUAAUUCUAUAUCACAGAGAAGAGAAACAAUAUGCCUUGGUUGAGUCUGUCAGUCGACGUGUAUCGGAAAGUUGUGCACUUGAACUUAUAUUGCAGGGUUAUUCUGUAAAUUGUUCUGCAUUCAUUGAACUUUAAGUUCUUCAUCCUUUUGUCGAUUUUCAUUCAACUUUCCAUGGGAUCAAAUAAGUUUUUUCUCACUUCUCUUGAUAUUUAUAGGAUCAUCUGAAGCUAGAAAGCAAAACCUUGUUUGUCUCAAAGUUCAAACCCCUUUUAGUUUCUUUUAUAUUAUCCUCGCAGUGUAGCUCUCAUCAGUUGUUGAUCAUCAUAUCUAGCUUGGCCUUUAUUAUUCUUCUCUAUCACCAGUUAUUCAAUUUGUUUCUUACUCUCUAGUAAAGUAGAUUCCUCCAUUGCUGAUUUUAAUAUCUGGCUUAGUUGUGUGCACAUUCUGCAAAUCGGGUAUCUGUUUAGUCUUCCUUCCAGUAUUCUUUUAGAUUGAGUAGUUCCAUCAAGGUUCAAGUGUAGUUAUGGUGUGCCAAGGAGCAAGCCAAACAAGAUUUCGGGCAUUGAAACAUGAAAAUGGGAUCGCAGGAAGACCAACAAUAAUAGUUAGAGUGAUUGCAUGCUUUCAACCUUUACAGGAUUGCCAGGCUGAGUACUUUCGACAUCUUCUUAAGCCUGUUACGUAGAUUUAUUCAGGUUUUCGGUCAUUUUACCAAGCCGCAAGUUGUAGUAUUCUGUUCCUUUUUGUUUUCCAUUCUUGAAACGACCCAGAAAGUAAUUGAACAUUACAGGUCAAAGCACCAUCUAUCUCCUGUCAGGUGAUCUUUUUGGUUGGAUGGUUAAGGCAAACAACAACUCUUGGCUUUUCCCAGAGCAGAAUUCUGCCUGGCAACUGCCUAAUUUGAAUCAUAUGAGCAUGUUGCUUGAGCCCAGGCAACAGGAAUGUUUACCAUCAUCUACAAAUCAGGGCAUUUGCCCUUUUUCUGGACAUAUGGCAUUGCCAGGGUCCACAGUUUCUGGUGUUCAGGGUGUUAUGGCGAAACAAACAAAUGAAGGUCAUGGGGUGCUUCAACAUUUACCUCCAUAUUUUCAGACCUUAUUUCCUCCACCAAAUUCUUAUCUUAAUGAAAAGCAGUCAGCAUUUUCUUAUGGAUUUGGUGGUCGCAUGGCUGUGCCAAAUGCAAAUCCAGGGUCUUCCCAGAAGGGAUUCUUCAUUUUUGAUCAGUCUGGGAAUGAAACAAAGCUAAUAUAUAAUUCUGAUUGCCCUCCUAGCCAGGAUCCACCCUUUGUUGCCAGUAAAAAGUUCGUUUAUGGUUAUGGUUCAGAUGAAGCAGGACUAACAACCAGCAUGGACCAAAUUGGUUCAACCGAGUACCUCUUGCGUGAAGAGAUCGGUGAGAAUCACAUAAUUGAAGAGAGUGAGAUGCAUGAAGACACAGAAGAAAUCAAUGCAUUGCUUUACUCUGAUGAUUAUGAUGAUGAAGAUAAUAAUGAUGAUGACGGAGAUGAUAAUGACAGUGAUUGUGGUGAGGAUGAUGAAGUAAAAAGCACGGGUCAUUCUCCAAUAGAUCUUCAAGUGAGUUAUGGAAAGAAAGAACAUGUGGAGGAAUUAACAGAGAAGGUCAUCAGUUCUGAUGCUUCAAACAAAAGGCAUAAAUUACUCAAGGGUGGUUACAGGCAAUUAUCACCAAUGGAGACUGUUGUUAAUUUGAUACAGCCGUAUGGAUCUCACGGGCACGGGAACAAUAUGGAAUCGAGCUACGGACUUGGCCAGAUCCAAGGAGAGGAAAUACAUUCUACUGUGGGUAAGAUGAAGUCCAAAGACACAAUUCGUGAGAAAAUUAGAGUUUUUGAGAGCGUGAUUCCUGAUGCUAAGGGCAAGGAUUCAGUGUUCAUUAUAGACAAAGCUAUAGAAUACUUGAAGUCUAUGCAGCUUGCAGCCGAAACUCUGGGAGUGAGCUUCCAUGAAGAAGCUGCGUUCCGUCCAUGCUAAGGGAAAAGGUGGUAAGGCCCCCAGAAUUCCAGGCUUGAAUGAUUGGUGAAUUUGAAAUCAGCAAGGUAGCUUUGGUUUUAUGGGGCCCUUUCUCUGCCUUUUGGUUUCUCUUUAUAAAUAGCAGUGUAUAUAAUGGGCCAAUAAAGGAAGCAAAGCAUUGGGAUGAUAUUGCACGCCGGAGAUGAUCAAAGAAGGGUUAUGUUUGUUGACCAGAAAUCAUUAUCUUUUAGCUUUUUGGGUGUUAAAGAUUAAGGAAAGUCACCAAAGACUUAAACGCAUGGG